AUGCCGGACCCCCACUUCUCCGACCUCAUCCUCCCGCAAAACGAGCAGCCGUCCAUCUCACAGUUGCUCGCCUCACUGAAGCGCACAACCCUCUCCAUACACAACCGCCUCACCAGCAUCCGCGACGAUGCCGCCUUCGUCGCACGCGUAGCCGCUGCGUACGGUCCUCGGCCUCUCGUCGCCAACGAGCGCUGCGGAAGCUGGUACAUCCCGCCGGCGGACAAGGCGGCGGGGGCGUACUUUAAGAGCACCGAUGGGCAUGAGCGCGCGUGGAAGUUUAGCACUAGGAGGCUGAAUUUGCACUUGAUUGAGAUGGUGGAGAAUAAUGAUGGCAUCAUCGUUGUAGACUCCACCCGCCGCGGCAAACGCAUGCCCGACGCCCUCUCCACGACUCUUCCUGUCUGGUGCACCGUUCUCAACCUCGCCCUCCUCCCCUCACAUCCCUCUUCUCCAAUCCUGCACCUCCCGCCCUCCUUACCUGCAUCCACGCAUUCUCAGAUCACAGCCCUCCUCCCCCAAUUCCUCGCCUCUCUACAAGCCCUCAAUCUCGAUCUCCCGUCCUGUCUCACCAAGCCCCUGCGUCCUGUCUGGGUCACACCGGACUCGUCCCUUCCUGAGCCUAACGCCACUGGUGCCUCCAUAUUUGAUGACUACCGCCCUGUCAUCUGCUGCACGGCUAGUCGGCGUGUUGUAGGGAGUGAGAUGGACGAGGCUGGCUACGUCCAGGGUGCGGGAGAUGACACGGAGAACUGGGCAUGUGGCCUUACACCAACCGUGUUCUGGGAGCAUCUCGAAGAUCUCCUCACCGCCUCUGAGGCAGACCUUCCUGACCUCAUCGCCCGGCUCGUUAGCGAAAAGGAGCCUGGCAAAAAGGAUGAGGGACCACGAAAGGAACUCACACGCCACAUUUCAGUGUGUCCGCUACCCCUAGCCGCAGAUCCAGGGACACCGACCGAGUGUCGCAUCGCCCUUACUCCCGACACGACCUCCAAGGAAUCGUGGAUCAAGUCACCGACAUAUAUGCAGAUUGGUCUCGGGAAGAGCAAGUUGGCGAGUAGGAAUAUGCGCUCUGCCCUUCCCGAGAUCUGCGCCUUCGCAGCCAAGUUCCUAGCUCGGACCCCCGAGGACUCCCAACGGCGGAUCGUCAUUGCAUGUGAGUCGGGAAAGGAUUUGUCUGUUGGGACAGCCCUGGCUAUUUCCUGCUACCUUUUCGACGAGAAGGGCAACUUUCGCCAGCCGGAGACAGAUACGUCCUUUACAAAGACUCUCGUCAAGUCCAGGCUGGGUUCCAUCAUGACCGCAUACCCAGAGGCAAACCCCAGUCGAUCUACGUUGCAGAGCGUCAAUAGUUUCUUAAUGGACUGGCGAAGGUGA